AAGCUAUUUGGCCUCCGAUUCCUCGCCAUGAGCGGCGUCGCGGAGGCCACUUUGGAGGCGGUGCUCAGCAGAGGCUUCGAGAGGUUCUACUUCCUGAGCGAUGAAGGGGAUCUGUGUGUGAAGCGGCAUCCCAACGGGCUCCUAGUGGUGGGCCUUGCACCUAGCCAUCCUCUGCGAUCCGGAUCCGGAAGCGUGGUGAAGCUGGAGUUUCACGAGGACAUCAGCGAGAAGGAGGCCCAUGGCAAGCGCGGGCGUGGCGGCGCCAACGUCAGCCGAAAGACGGUCAUCGCAGAGAUCUCUUUGCAGGAUGGCUCGGUGGUCCAAGUGAAAGCGCCCUUCGAGGCGCAGUUGGUCGAGCUUAACAGCAACCUCACAGAGGAGCCCCAGCUUCUCCAAAGCAGCCCAGAGGAUGAGGGCUUCGUGGCGAUCCUGCAGCCCCGCCGGCCUCAGGACGGCGCGCGCAUCCUUGAGAAGCUGGUGGAUGAGUCGGGCUAUGCCGCCAGGCAGCCGGCCGCGGCUGCAUGUUCGUUUGUGAGUGGCAACUGCGGCCCGUCAUGGGCCAAGCGACGGCGGACCGAAGCGUGAGGAA